AUGGCCUGGGUGGGAAACCAGACGCUCAUCUCCCACUUUAUUCUUCUGGGCCUCUUCACAUACUCGCCGCUGCAUCUCUUCCUCUUCUCCAUCAUCAUGGUCAUGUUUCUGGUGGCCCUCUCUGGCAAUGGGCUCAUGAUCCUUCUCAUCAAUGUGGACUCGCGCCUGCACAGCCCUAUGUACUUCUUCCUCAGCUGGCUGUCCCUCAUGGAUCUCAUGCUCAUCUCCACCAUUGUGCCACGGAUGGCUGUCGACUUCCUUCUGGGCAGUGGUUCCAUUUCUUUCACUGGCUGUGGGCUUCAGAUCCUCUUCUUUCUCACCCUCCUGGGAGAUGAGUGUUUCUUGCUGGCUUUCAUGGCUUAUGACCGUUAUGUGGCCAUCAGCAAUCCACUGAGAUACUCAGUGGUCAUGAGUCGCCGUGUCUGCUGGCUCAUGGUGGCAGGGUCCUGGCUAUUUGGCCUGGUGGACGGACUGAUCCAGGCAGUCUUCACCCUGCGCUUCCCCUACUGUGGCUCCCAGGAGAUCGAUCACUUCUUCUGUGAGGUCCCUGCUGUACUCAAGCUGGCCUGUGCUGAUACCUCUCUCUAUGAGACCAUGAUCUAUGUCUGCUGUGUCCUCAUGCUGCUCCUGCCCUUCUCUGUCAUCUCCGCCUCCUACCUGAGGAUCCUGGUAGCUGUGCUCCGCAUGCGUUCUGCUGAAGGCAGGCAGAAGGCCUUUGCUACCUGCUCCUCACACAUGGCAGUGGUCUCCCUCUUCUAUGGGGCUGCCAUGAUCACCUACAUGAGGCCCCAGGCCUACCACUCCUCCAAGCAGGACAAAGUGGUCUCAGCCUUCUAUACCAUGAUCACCCCUAUGCUCAACCCACUCAUCUAUAGUCUGAGGAACAAGGAAGUGACUGGGGCUCUUAGGAAGCUCCUGGGGAGGUGUUCUUGUGGUGGAGGGCAGGGUUAG